AUCCCAACUAAAUCUUCCGUUCUUCUCAGCCUCAGCUGGGUUGGAGGUGGAGAGGAAGGUUGUCCUGACUGUGUUGUGUGCAAAUCGAAAAUAACUUACUGUCUCAAAUAUUUUGACAUUUGUCGAGAAAAUUUAGGCAACAAUGCCUUCAGAAGAUUCACCGAGUUCUAUACUAAGUUUUUUUUUGGCUGUCGGACGAGCUGUCGAUGGGCCCGUCACUUGGUGGAGAGAAACUAUUGUUGAACCCAACCAAAAAAAGUACCAUUGGUACCACAGGAAAUACCCUCGAGUACCGACGGUAGACCAAUGUAACGUCGAUGAUCCCAUUUGCCAAUUUGAGGCAGACUAUCAACUUAUGCGAGACAAACAAGUAGAUGGACAGAUUGUUUCAAUUCUCCGGAUGCGCUCUGAAUUCUGCGUGCGAUACCAUGGUGGGCAGGAUGUGGAAGCAUUGAGGGAAUGCAAACCUUUAAUGGAUGCUUAUGAAGAGGCAGCUGCAAAUUACUUCUGCAAGUAUGGAGAUUUAGGAGCAAAGCCAACAGCGAAGGAUGUUUAUAUGAAGCAGAAGCACCGUAUGAUUUGGGAGCGUCGCCAUGGAAAGGUUGGAUCAGGAAUGACAACCCAACCUCAAGAGGAAUAAUAUCUAGCAAUUUUAUUGCUGUAGGACUUUCAAUUAUGUACCCGUAGCUUUCUACAAAAUGCAUAAAUUUUACAAAACUUUUUAUUGAUGAACUCUAAAUGUCUCUUUCUUGAAACCAGCCACUGACCUUUACAAUUUAGGCCAUACAUGUACAUACUAAUUGUAGAUUGUUUAAUGUGAGGGUACAAGAUUGUGUUACUGUCUAGAUUUUAAUUGAAAGGUGUAAUUCUUUGUAAAUAUAACACCCAUGGGUGUUUGUCACUGUUAAUAAAAAUCUAUGAAAGUCUAA